GUUUGGGAUGGAUUAUUAGAGAGUAGAAUUAAGUUACAGAAAACAGUCUCUAGUAUAAAUCAACUACCACAACCCUCUAUCUGGUCCUUAUUUACUGAGUUAGCCCAGUAUGAAUUAAGAACGUUAUUAGAUAAACUAGUCCAACUACAAACUAUACUAUUAUUACAAAACCCAGCUACUAACAAAAUAGUGACGAAACAAGACCAAGAAAUUAUUGUACCACCUUCUACAAAAGGGAAAGCAGUAACAAGUGUUUCUCCUGAAGAUGAUGAAGAAAUUACCAGUGAUGAAGAAGAUGGUGGUGAGAAUAAAACUACACCACAAACUAUCAAUAAAUGGAAUUCAAAGACACAGUUAGUUUCAGGCAAAAUUAAAAGUAAAGGUUUUAGUGCUUUUAAUCAGUCAGCUUUGAAACAGAUAGAUCAGAUAUUAAGUGAUAAAGACAGAUUAAUUAAAAGAACUCAGUUAAAGAGAAAUGAUUAUAGAGUAAUGGGUACAACACAAGAAGAAAAACCAGAAGAAGAACUCCCUAAUGAUGAGGUCAGAAUCAAACAAACUGUAAAUGAUUAUGAUGUAGAAAUAUUUGAUGAUAGUGAUUUUUAUCAUCACAUGUUACGAGAAUUUAUUGAUAGAAAAUCUUCAGAAAUAGAUGAUCCCUUAGCUCUUGGCAGACAAUGGUUAGAAGUACAGAAAAGUAGAACUAAAGUUAAAAGAAAUGUGGACACUAAAGCUAGUAAAGGUAGAAAAUUAAGAUAUAAUGUACAUCCUAAGUUAGUUAAUUUUAUGGCACCUGUAGAUUUUACAGACUGGAAUGAUGAUGCUAGGUAUGUAUUUUUAUUGUUAUAG